CUAUUGAAGCAUGAUUUCAUAUAGAAGAAGAAGAAAACGGUUGUCGUGGUAACAUCAACAUCAUCUCUUACGGCAGACGCAGUUAGCCCUACAUUUGUUUUAACCUGGCAUUAAAGUCUCACGUUAACUAAACAGAAUAUUCGGGGUAACAGACUUGGACCGUCCACAGAACCAUCAGAGGGAAUCCGGUUAAUAGGCAUCAUGGCUAGUCAGAGGCCACUCUCUGGCAUGGGCAGGCCUGUCAGCCGUAGUGGAUCUGUAGUUCCUGGAGCUGGAAGACCUCCAACUGCCAUCCGUCCUCCACCUACAGCUAUACGUGUUGGAACAGGGAUGGUUCCAGGUACAGGUGGCCAUUCUGCUAUGAGGGGUGGCAUUCCCAUCGCUACCCCUGGAGUCCUUUCGGCACAGAUCAAGGUGACUGACAGGCCCGUCACCCAACAGGGACUGAGUGGAAUGAAGACAGGAAUGAAAGGACCUCAGAGGCAGAUUCUGGAUAAGUCUUACUAUUUAGGUCUUCUCAGGAGUAAGAAUGAGUUGACCACAGAGACCAGCAAACUACACAAAGAGAUUGACAGCUACAACCAGGAGAACUCUGUCUAUCUGUCAUAUGAAGAAAGAGCUGAAGGCUUGGCAGUAGAAAUUAAGGAUCUACAAGGACAGCUUGCAGACUAUAACAUGCUAGUGGACAAGCUCAACACAAACACAGAGAUGGAGGAUAUGAUCAAUGACUACAACACUUUGAAAGCCCAGAAUGACAGCAAAGCUGAAAGCAUUGACAGCAUCUUCACUGAAAGAGAGAGACGAGAGGAAGCAAUCAGGGCGAUAGAGGAGGAGAUCAGGAGGGAAAGGCGUGUUGCUGAUGAGGUCGUACAGGCGAUGCCGCCUGCCAAGCAAGAGAAGUAUUUCACCAUGACAACAGCCAAUGAAGAGCUGUUACAGGAGCUCACUGUUCUCCAGGAGGUUGACAUACUGAUGACCAGGAAAGAUGACUAUGAAGCAGAACUGGCCCACUCGCUAAAGCAGGAGGUGGUUCAACUUCAUGAGACUCUCUCAGCACUGGAGGCGAAGCGUGAUGCCAUGGCUGAGCAGAAGAGCCUGGGUUCCCCUCAGGAGGAACGAGAAAAGUUAUUUAAGCAGGUGAAAGAGGACAACCAGGAAAUUGCGAGCAUGGAGAGACAGCUUACAGAGAUCCGGGACAGAACCAGACAAGUCAUAGAGGAGAUCCGACAGCUGGAGCAGGACUCUGAGGAGGCUCAGGGAGAGUGUCAACAGAAAUACAAGGAGCUGAAGAAGAAAGAGGAGGACAUUGAUCGUUUCUUGGAAUCAUUUGAGGAGGUGAAGGCUCAGGAACUGCAAAAGAUGACACAGAGCCAGGAGAACAUUGUAUCCCUGUUGGAACAUUGCAGCCGGAACAUGUUGCGGCUCCGUCAGGUGGACACAGUCACAGCUAGUGAGCUGAAGAACAUGCAGGAGGUCCUGGUCAGCAAAGAGACGGAGGUGGUCCAAUCAGAGAGCACGACCAGGGGCCUGUCAACGGAGUCCCAGCGUCUGCAGCAGGACCUGGAGAAGGUGCAGCAGCUGGAGGGGAAGAUAACAGGAGAGCUGAGCACCCUGAAGGAACGGGUGAGCACCAUGGAGUCUGAACUGCACACCUACCGGGACCUAGACACCCUGAAACGCUCUGCUGAGGAAAAGAAGAAGAGACUGCAGGAGGACCGUGUAUUACUGACUCAGCGUCAGGAUUCAUUCCGACAGCUGUUAGAAGAAAAGAACCAGAAUUAUGACGCUCUGAAAACAAAACUACAAGAGAACGAGACUCAUGCUCAGCUAGUUAACCUGGAGAGGAAAUGGCAACACCUGGAGCAGAACAAUUUUGUCAUGAAAGAGUUUAUUGCCUCAAAAUCUCAGGAGAGCGACUAUGCCUCAGUGGCCAAGAACGUCUACCAGCAGCUGGCGGAGUAUAACAAGUGUCUCAUCGAUUCACUGCAGAGCAAUAGAAGUUAGACACACUACACUGUUUAGGGACUAUAUUAACUGACUAACCCUGACUCUAUGUAAAUCUGUUUGAGUUUGUAUUUAAAAAUAAGAGCUUCUUUAAAUCACUAUUUAGAAUUUUUGUCUGAAUCUAUCUUCAAAUGUAUUUCAAUAAAUAUGUUUUUAGGAA